GAGAGCAACAGGUUUAAAUCCUGUCUGUGCACGGCUGUGCAAGGCUUUUGGUUGCUGAUGACAAGGGCCUGAAAUAUUUGACUCACUUAUUUGAAUCAUUUGUCCCCACAUUUUAUUUUAAACUGGAACGAUGAUAUUUCGGACAGCGGUAGAGCAUGCUAAGAAGCACCCUGGCCUUAUCCCCCAGUUCUUCUUCAUCUGUUUGGGAAUGGGCGGGGCAUUUAUGUAUCUGGUGCGGCUGGCCAAAGGACCCCAUGUCACCUGGAACAAGACCAAUAACCCAGAGCCUUGGAAUAAACUUGACCCCACAUACCAGUACAAGUUUGUGGCCAUCAGCACAGACUACAAAAACCUGAAGAAGGAAGGACCUGAGUUCUGACUUUCCCACUGCCCCCCUCUCACAAACCAGAGUGGAAAAAUCCCAGAAAAUCCUGAUCUAGGGUCAGAUUCACUCCCCCUCCCCUCCUGACGUCCUGAUUGUAGGUGGAAGGUGAAAUGGAUCCUAGAUCAGGAUCCAUAAUGUUUUAGUGUCUCUGCCGUGUUUGCAAAGCAGCUGAUAUGACUAGGAUUGUUGGUGAAUGGAUCCAGAGGGCACAUAUGAAUAUUGAACAAGAUAAAUAUGUGGCAUUUCUGCAUACUUUUACACACUUUCACGGGAAAGAUAUGACACACAUGUGCACAUACAUCCUUUAUGUCUAAACUUUCCUGGCCUGUUUCUCUCAUAUAUCAUGAACUGAGGAGUAAGUAACAAGAUUUGCUGACAUUUUACUUGCUGUAUUUAUGUAUAUUUUUAGAAAAUUUACAAACAUCACAGCUAACCUGCAGUGUUUUAGAGAUCUAAAUGUUUUAUUCUGAAUGUUUCAGUCAUCUGUUUUUUUCCAUUCACUUCUGUGCGAUAUGAAAAUUCAAUAGCAGACUCCUGAAACCUGCAGUGAUGGAUUACAUAAACAAGAGACUGCUAAUUGAGUUUAAUUCUGCACAUAAAUUAAUGGAGAUGAUAGCUGUCUGAAAUAGCAGAAAAAAUACAUCCAGAACUCUAAUCAGUGUGUGGCAUGCAUCCAAAAUGGUCAGCAUAAAUGUAAAAUAUGCAUGAUUUGUAAUUAGGGAGCUAAAACCUACAAACAAAGUGGUUUGCUUCUUUAAGAUUUCAUUUCAGUGUCUGAAAGUUAAAAAUCCUCUGCAGCUGAAAAACGUUGAGGAACGAUAAUUUAAUAAUUAUACCAACCUUUGAGGAAAUCAGUCUGGCCUACUGCAUUGUGCUGAUGUCACUGGACUGCAGAUGUUUCUUCAUAACUGGCACACGAUUGUAGGUUUAGCAGCCACUAAAUUCAGCAAUGACUGUGUUAGUUAUGAAAAAAGGCAAAAAUGCAUAAACUGGCAUCAAUUCUUUCAAUAAAUAAAUGGUCUGAUUCA